CUUUUAAUGAACUCGUUUAAAAGAAAGAGCUUAUCCGUUACAGUACAAAAAUGUAAAAUACUACAAGCUUCUCCUUUCUCUCUCUGCUUUCAACAAUGGCUUCUUCAAGAAAAAUCUUUCACACCAAGUCAAGCUACAGCUUUGCUGUUGAUCGUCCCACCAUUAAUAACCCCCAUCUCCUUUUUGAGUUCGACGAAGCUGAUUUGUGGAAAUUAUCAUCGAACGAUCCACAUCAUCAUCAGUCGUCGAACAUCGCCGCCACGUCGGGGCUGUCGAUAUCGACAAAAGGAAUUACCUGUUCUCCUUCGUCGAAGAAGCUUUUGGCGAAUAUGCACGUUUCGUCGACUUCAUUGCCGGUGAACAUACCGGACUGGUCGAAGAUUCUUAAAAAAGAGUACAGAGAACACAGGAAGAGCGAUGAAGGAGACGACAAUGGCGUGGAAGAAGAAUUCUACAGCUGGAUUCCUCCUCAUGAGUUAUUAGCGAAGAGAAGAGGGGCUUCUUUUUCGGUUCAUGAAGGAAUAGGGAGGACUUUGAAAGGAAGAGACUUGCAACUGGUAAGAAAUGCAAUUUUGAAGAAAGUUGGGUUCGAAGAUGGAAAUAUAGAGGAUAAUUAUUAGAGAGUUUUUUUUUUUUUUUUUUAGGGAAUAAAUUUUGAUAAAUAUUAUUAACAUAGAUGAGAAUAUAUAGGCUAGUGAAGUGACGACUCUUCUUCUUAAUCUUCUAGCUCUGCUGCCUUCAUCUAAUUAAUUAAUGUUUUUCUAUGGCUAAUUAAUUGCCUAAUCAGAGGAUGAUAUUCGGAUUAA